CUCGGGGGCUCCAUGCCCUUCCCGCCGCCUCCCGCCCCGGCCCCGGGGGGCCCCGCCGCGCGCCCGCCGCCCCGCAGGCCCGGAGCCGUCCGGAAGGCAGCGCCCGCCCGCGCCCCGCCCGCGCCGCCCGCCGCCGGGGAGAAGCCGCGGCCCCAGGCGCCGCCGUCCCGCUCCUGGCCCUCGGCCACGCUCCGGAGGCCCCCGGCCCGCCGCGCCCCGGGCCCGGCCCCCGCGCCCGCUCCGGCCCCGGCUGGCCCCGUGCGCUUCCCCCUGCGCCUCACCCCCGAGGCCGCCCUGCCGGUCCAGAGGCGCCACCGGGAGAGGCCGCUGCUCCCGCCGCCCCGCCCGCUGCCCCUCUCGCCCUCGGCCGCCGCCCGAGCCCAGGCCGCGGGUCCGCGCGGGGGAGGCGACCCCGGGGGCCCGGGCGCGCGCCGGCCUGCGGCCCCGCUGCUGCCCCGCGGCCCGCAGGCGCCCCACCCGCGGCCGGACCUGCGCCGCGCGCUCCAGGCGUCGCUGCUCAACGACCGGCACCGCUACGACGACGUGGAGGACGAGGAGGAGGAGGCCGGGGCCCCGGACCGGGGGCUGGUGCGCAGGUGCACCGAGUGGCUGCGCGGCGUGGAGGCGGCGGCGGCCGCGCGGGACCGCUCGGCCCUGGACGCGCUGCCGCACCUGAGCGCGCUGUGA